AUGGACUCCGACGAAGAGGAGAUGAAGGCCAUGAGAGGCUCCAAGCGGACAAUUCUAAUACUGCUAUGGGUUCUGCGGUUGUACGUGCCCUACUAUACGGGCAUGGCUUGCACCGGCUUGCUUCACUUCUUCGGCAAGUUCAAGACUCGGGGCAAUAGUGCCCAGGUUCAGGGACCUGGGAGCUUUAGCUGGCCGCAGCUCGCAAGCUGCUCUGGUGUAGCGCUUUUCGGCAUCUCCGCGCAGAGCCUGAAUUGGACCGGCAACAUGCUGGCCGGUAGCUCUGUUUUCGCCGUCGUUUAUGCCUCCGUGACCAUUUGGUCCGCGGUCCUUUCCUGGUUGCUCCUGCAGCGUGUGCUGACACUGUGGCAGUGGCUGAGCAUCAUUGCCGUAUUCGCUGGCUUGGCUGUCACUGGUGUGGAUGCCAGGAGCACUGGUGACUGCAUUUUUCUCGGCACCUGCAUGAUUGGUGCAGGUACGAUACUCCAUGCCACUUGCCAUGUCCUGUCGGAGAUGCUAUCCGUCCGAGGAUCCAGGAUCCCGGCCCAUUUGAAUGCCUCGAUCCAGGGCCUUACUGGCUGUGCCGUGGUAGGAGUUUGGCAGCUGGCUUUCACAGCUUCACACUGGCAGCGGAUAUCAGAACCCAUGGAGGAGAUUGGGACAUCCUGGCUGCAAGCCUCACUGCUUCUUUCUUCAGUGGCGCUGGGGAACUUUGUGCACGCUGGAACCUUCUUCUACCUGCUGACCCGGGUUGGCGCCGUGUCGACAGGCAUGGCCAAGGCCCUGCAGGGCGUCGUGGUCUUCGCGCUCUCCCACGUGCUCUAUUGCAGGCAAGAUGAAUCGCAGUGUUUCUCCUUGGCGAAGGGCCUGUCACUGCUCAUCGUCACGGCUGGGGUUGUCAGUUAUGUCCUCGCGACAAGCUCCGCGAAGAGCUCUGCAAAGCAGACCAGCAGCUGA